GUCUACGCCGGACGCUGACAGUCAGGUGUUCAUCAAGCCGGCCAUAGACACGAAAGCCUUCUCUGCCAUCGUGGAGCCCCGGGAUCAGAUGCUCGCAACACUUCUGGAAGGAAUUCCCGACUGCAUCAGCCCCUUGCCCGUCGACCUGCCCGUGCAUUGUGCCGAGGUCGUGGACAUGAUCUCCGAGUACCGCGUGUACGUUGUCCACGGGGAGAUCCGUGCCAUUUGCCACUACAAGGGCCCUAGCGAGGGGGCAGGCGCACUUGAUCUGACUGUAGUGGAAGAAGCUGUGCAGACGCUGUGCCAGAGCGAAGAAGGGCAGACUCUUGUCGGCUUUGGCAUGGACUUUGCCGUGCUUGAAGCGGGUACCUGCUUGGUG